AUGAUAAAGUCUUCCCUCCGCUCAUUUUUCGAGGUUAACACCAUCAAUGGACAGGUGAAGGCUAAAUGCAUAUACUGUAGCAAGCAGUAUUCAGAAGGACAUUGUGUCGUUAAUAUGGUCAAACACGUUCGAGCAUUGCAUCCCAGUGCAUUUAAGGCGAAAGGAAAGGUCUCGAAAACAAGAGGAUUGAAGGUGUCUGAAUCGAUCACAAAUGAGUGCAAGAGAAACCCCGGGAUCUUUGGAACAGCAAUGCUGGUCGUGGAACAGUUUCUACCAUUAAGUUUCGUGCUGUUAUCAGCAUGGGUAAAGUACAACGAACGGUGCUCCACUCAAACUACCAUCAAGUCGAGGACCACACUGGUGAAAAAGUUGAAGUCGUAUUCAAUCGACAUAAAUGAGACCUUACUAGCAAACCUAAACAUCCAGCUCGACAUAUGGACAGCGCCCAACGGUAAAUCGUUAUUGGCCACUAUGGUUUCUUUUGCUCCCAACAUCUGGGCCAGUAAGACUUUAGAACUAGCCGAUAGUCCAAAGGUUUUAUUGAACAAUUCUGGAAAGGCACAAAAUAAUCACAUCCUGGAUUUCGCAAGUCUGGGUGAUAAGAAACACACGGGAGAAAACCUUAGCAAAAUAGUCCUUUCCCUCAUGCAAAAAUAAGAGCUCACCGAGAAAACCGCACCAAUAACGAUGGAUAAUGCUUCAAAUAAGGAAUCAAUGUUUUUCAAACUAUCCUUCGGCGUUUUUAAUGCCUCCAAACCAUUUGCUCAUCGCUUAUUCGGGAAAACCCGUUACAUUAGGUGUGCCAGUCAUUUUUUGAAUCUUCAGUUCAAGGCGAUUACUAAAGUCUUGUUUAAAAACACUAUUUUUGCCGAAACAUACGUGAAAUUACAGAAGCUGGCUAAAAUUAUGAGACAGUCAUCCCGUAAUUCUUGAAGUCUGAGGUCGAAAAAAAUUUCCCUUUUUCCCUUAGAAGCGCCAAGCAGAUGGAUGUAUCUUUGGUCUCGGCUACAUACUUUUGUGGAAAAUUAUGGGAAUUAUCAGGCAUGGCGUUUACAGCUGAUUGAGAAUGAUCAGGAAGAUUUGGCUUUCAAGAUCGAGGAAUAUAUUUCUUUUGGUAAAGGAACAAUGGAGCUAUGCAAGUAUGUCCUACAAACUUUCCAGUUGUUCAAUGAUUUGAACUUGAAAAUUCAGCAAGAUGACUUCAAUCACCUUUCAAAUGGCGUUCCAAUGUACUACUUAUUGCAGCACUUCUACGACACAUGUCCAAAGGCUUCUUCAGGCUCCCACAUCACGAAGAGCCGGUCAACAUAUGAUUAUUCUUUCUUGAAUGCGUCUGCAGAUCUCGAUUGUGAAGAUGGGAAGUUCGUGUUUGGUACUCUAGACCUUGCAAGAGGAGUAUAUCAGAAAUAUAUGAGCUACGUCCAGAGCAACCCCUUAAACUACUUUGCUGUGAUGCUGGAUCCUACGACUAAAGUUGAAGGCAUCCAUAACAUGAUGACCCCACAAGAAGGGACAGCAAGAGCUCUCGAAGCUCAAGCUUUCAUAAAAGAAUGCAUGAGGGAGUACGGCCCGGUAAAUGAGUCUGAGUCUCAGAAGGUUGCGGAGAACCCAAUCUACUCACGGUCAAGAUCCAGCUUCUAUUUCCACAAGGAAGAUCUUUCAGCAGAAGAACGUCCGGGAAAUACCACUAACCACGAAACGGAACAACAAAAUGAGGAUUUCGAGGUAUACACCAAAGAGUGGUUUGGAUAUCAGCAAGAGCCAAAACUAGUUGCUGAGUCAAACGAAGAAGCCAUUAGCUGGUGGUAUGAACGCAGACAAAAAUAUCCCAGGUUAUUCAAGUUAGUCGUUUCGCUCUAUUAUACAAAGUUAAGCGCCUGAGACGUGGGAAGGUGCUUUUCUCUAGCUGAAAGGGUUAUGAGAAAGGACAGGAGACGCCUCAAGUAUACUAAUUUCGGUACCCUGAUGAUUCUACGAGACAGAUUUACGAAAUUUGAUUUU